UUAAUAAUAGGAAUUAAUUAGAUAAUAACUCGAAAUUAGUAUAUUUAUUUAACUUUCAAAUAAAACUUUAAAUAUUUUAAUCAUGGAAAACAUGGCGUCUGCUCGACCUACGUUUACUCAACAUGUUGAUCGGUAACGAUACAGUGGAUUUUGCUCAACAAAUUUCAACUAAACAAAUACUUAUACUAUUGAAAGUAUUAAACACGGCUGUUUCUAAAUUUAUUGGAAUAUUCUACUUGUUUUGAAUACUACUCUGUAUUAACAAGUAGUUAUGGCAAAUCACUAUGAAGUUCCAAACUGGGCUGGUAAACCUCCAGUUGGUUUACAUUUGGAUGUACUAAAAAAUGACAAAUUAAUACAGAAAUUAAUGGUCGACGAAAAGAGAUGUUAUUUAUUUGGCCGCAAUCAACAAUUAAAUGAUUUUUGUAUCGAUCAUGCUUCCUGUUCUCGAGUUCAUGCUGCACUUGUAUACCAUAAACAUCUUCACAGAGCAUUUUUAGUAGACUUGGGCAGUACACAUGGAACAUUUAUUGGUAAUAUGCGCUUAGAAGCACAUAAACCAACUCAACUUCCUAUUGAUACUACAUUUCAUUUUGGAGCAUCUACACGAUAUUAUAUUAUCAGAGAACGACCACAAACUGGUACAAGGGCCAUUAUUGAAGAAUUAGAAAAACUUUCAGAAGAUGCAGAUACUGGAGGUUUAUUAGGUUUACCUGAAACAGAAACAGAACUGGAUAAUCUAACAGAAUUCAACACAGCACAUAACCGACGUAUAUCCAUGCUUGGCAUCUCAGAUGAUGAAAUGCAUAAAAGUACUAGAAAAAGAAAGAAAAAAGGCAUUACUUUUAAUGACGAUGAAGAAGUUAUUAAUCCUGAGGAUGUAGAUCCAUCGGUUGGUAGAUUUCGUAAUCUUGUACAAACAACUGUAGUUCCAAGCAAGAGAAUGCGUAUGGAAGGUGGAUUGAUAUCGUUGUCAGAAGAUCACCACCCUUUAAAACAUUUACAACCUACGUCAACCACACCACAGCUUUAUCAUGAUCUUCCACCAGAACAAUUUACACCUUCCUCAUUAUCAAUAAAUCCUUUUUCUACAGCUAUAACAUCAUUAACAUCUAGACUUGGUAUUGCGUUACCGAAUCCUGCACCAGAAGUUGAAAUGACUCCAAAUCUUGUACAACCCGAAGUACCACAAGUACCAGAAAUUUCAGGUCCCACAGAAUCACGUGCAAUGGAGCCUAAAAAGAAAAAAUAUGCGAAAGAAGCAUGGCCUGGAAAAAAACCUAUACCAUCGCUCUUGGUAUAAUUGUAUUAAAAAUUUUAUACUUUUCGGAACUAUGAACAUAAGAAAUAUAGUUUGCUCUUUUGUUGCUGUAUUCGUUAUAGGCUUAAUAUAUGUGAAGACUGUUAUAAUUUAAUUAAAUAAUUUUUAGUUACUCUUUAUUUCUUCGUAAUCCUUUUGUAACAGUCACUCUUGUAAUUAAAUUAAUUUUAUGUAAUAUUAAUUCUCAUUUUUAAUUUCUGUGCUAUAUAAAUGUUUA